ACACAUUGUAUUUUGUAUACAAGCUAUACCUUUUUUUUAUUUUAUGAAUUAAUGCACUACUUACUAUAGACUAUCCUUCUUAUACAUUCUUUACCUUACCACUCUAUGAUCAUAACAAUGAAACUUCAACUUCAAAAAUCAAAUAGCUUAGAUUCUUCUUCUUCGUCCUCGUCCUACUUUGACGAGGACAACAUCAACGCAAAGAUUCUAAAAGAGUACAAUCAUGAUGACAAUGAGAACAAGAGGAGGAAAAGAGAUAUUCAGGUUGAUCAUGAUGACAAGCAUCCAACCUAUAGAGGAGUUCGUAAGAGGAACUGGGGAAAGUGGGUGUCAGAAAUCCGAGAGCCAAGAAAGAAAUCAAGAAUAUGGUUAGGAACUUAUUCAACAGCUGAAAUGGCUGCUCGAGCUCAUGAUGUUGCGGCUUUAGCCAUUAAGGGUCACUCGGCUUACCUUAAUUUCCCUUAUUUAACUGAUCAACUCCCACGUCCAACUUCUACUUCACCAAAGGACAUUCAAAUCGCGGCUGCAAAAGCUGCGGCCACCAAAUUCAGCAGAAAUGUAGCUGAGUCCAUAACUUCCCCAUCGACUGAUAAAGAUGAUACAUUUCUCGAUCUACCAGAUCUUUCCAUCAAUAAAGUGGAUCAAAUUGACAGUUAUUGUUAUCCGAUUUCGACUUGGCAUCUUGUUGGAGCCGAUGUUGGGUUCUGGCUCGAGGAGCCAUUUUUAUGGCAUAGCUAAAAAGGUACAAGUCAGCUUCCGCUAUGUGCGAGGUCCGGGGAAUAAUCGGAUGACAAUGAUCUUCAAGAGAAACCAAGCUUCAUGCAAGUCUCAUCAUAGGAAAAUUAAGAAAUUUUUUUUACACUCACGUUCAUAUGACCGUACAUUUGAGUUUGUUUAAAUAUUAAUUUUAUCCAUUUCUUGCUCUCAAUUCAUUUUUUGUUGUUGUUAUUGAUAAGAAAGGGCGAUAUAAUACAUAUUAAUAGAAAAAGGGCCUCACAUACUCUACCUUCAA